AUGCGUGGAUGGGACUGCCACCCGAGGAGGGAGCUAGAGCCCCUACUGGGAGCCUGCACCCCUAGGUAGGGACCGCGUAAUGAGGCGAGUGGGAGGGCCCCAAAACCGGAAAAAACCCCAGCCAGUGGCGGGAAACCCCGGGACGACACCCCGGCCCUUGGGGGGGACCCAGAGAGUAAACCCAAACGAAAAAAAAAAACCCUUGGCUUUGAAAGUUGUCGAAUUUGGGCAGCCUGGGGUGAGGCAAGGAAAGGAGGGAAUUUAAGAAACCCCCAAAAGGAUAAAACCCGACAUGGGAAAGGGAAAACGAAACAAACCAGACCGGGGUAAAUGGGGAAAACCCCCGGGUAGGGGGGAAAAACCAAAACGGGAUGAAUUAAGGGGGGGAAGUCCAAGAGGGGGGGAUUGGGUACCGGGGGUUGACAGGGGCCGUUAAUGAGGGAGCCUGGGGCCCGGGGAAGGGGCCAAAAAAAUUGGGGGAGGGGAGAAAAGGGGACCCCGGGGAAAAAAAACCGGGGGGGGGGCCCCCAACAGGGGAAAAAAAAAAAAAAAAAAAAAAAAAAAAAAAGGGAGGAAAGGGGGAGAAAAAAAAGGAAGAGGAAGAGAGAAAAAAAAAAAACAAAAAAAAAAAGGAGGAAAGGGAGAGACAAGAGGGAAAAGAAGGGGAAAACCCUCCUUUUCCCCAGGCCCACCCUUUCCCCCCCCCCCCCCCCCCCCCUCUUAUUUUUUUAAAAUUUCCCCCCCCCCUCCCCCCCCCCCCCCCCCUUUUUCCUUCUCCCUUUUUCCCUAAACCCCCCCCCCCCCCGGGCCAAAAAAAAACCCCCCCCAAAAAAAACUCCAAAAUAAAAUAAAAACCCCCAAAAAUGCCCCCCUUUUUUAAACCCCCCCCCCCAAAGUCUUAAAAUUCACUCCCCCCCCAUAUAUUCCCAUCCCCCACCAAUUUUCCCCAUCAUUCCCCCAUCUCUUUUUUUCUCCCCCCAUUAAAUACCUCCCCCCCCCCCCUCUAAUCUAUCUCCCCCCAAAUCUCUCCCCCCCAAAAAUCGCAACCCCCCCCGUUCUAUCUCCAUCCCCCCCAGUCUCUUUUCCCUUUCUUUUCCCCCCUCAUCCUCUCCAUCUCCCCCCCAGUCUCAUCCCCCCAUCUCUCCCCCCUAAAAUCCCCCCCAACCCCCCCCCGGGCCCACCCAACCCCAGGGGCCCCCCAAAAAACCCCGGGGGGCCCCCCAAAGGGAAAGGAAAGCCCCCCCGAAGUUUUACCCCCCCAACCCAAACCCCAAAAAAGGGCAAAACCCCCGAAGCAAGGGGGGAAAAAAGAAACCCCGCCCCCCAAAGAAGGGGGCCCCCGGGCCCCCCUAAAAACCCACCCCGGCCCCCACCCCCCUACCCCCAAAAGGGGCCCCCAACAAAAAAAACCCCAAACCCCAAAAAGACCCCCCAAAAAAAAAAAACGCCCCUUUUCCAACCUUAAACCCCAUCUCUCUCCCCUAUCAAUCUUUCUCCAUCUCUCUCCCCCUAUCAAUCUCUCUCCCCCUAUCAAUCUCUGUCCAUCUCUCUCCCCCUCUCAAUCUCUCUCCAUCUCUCUCCCCCUCUCAAUCUCUCUCCAUCUCUCUCCCCCUCUCAAUCUCUCUCCAUCUCUCUCCUCCCGAUCUCCUUUGCGUCUCUAACAGUAUAUCUGCUCUCUGUGAUGUUAAACUGUGUAUCCUAGGUAUGCCUCAAGUGUGUGUGUAUGUGUGUGUGUGCUUGUAUGUGUUUGUGUGUGUGUGCGUGUGUGUGCGCGUGUGUGGUGUGUGUGUGUGUGUACGUGUGUGUGUGUGUUGCUCUAUGUGUGUGUGUUGCUCUGAGCUCCGGCCCAUGAUGCAUCUGCUCGGCUGCACUAAGAGAAGUCAGAGGGCACCAGUGUAAACAGAAACCGGGCCUACUAGCCUGCCUGUGCUGUGCGCAGAGCCUACCGCUGAUAGGGACGUAAUGUGUCUUCAAUCUGUGUGUGAAAUCAGCCCUAAUCCAGCCAUAUGACAGGGGAGAGAAGACCAUGCUGCCAGGCAGGCAGCACACGUUAACCAGGGAGGACCAGGAGACACGUUAACCAGGGAGGACCAGGAGACACGUUAACCAGGGAGGACCAGGAGACACGUUAACCAGGGAGGACCAGGAGACACGUUAACCAAUGAGGACCAGGAGACGUUAACCAGGGAGGACCAGGAGACAGGUUAACCAGGGAGGACCAGGAGACUGAGAGGGGGAGAGAGGACCAGGAGACACGUUAACCAGGGAGGAUCAGGAGACACCUUAACCAGGGAGGACCAGGAGACAUGUUAAUCGGGGAGGACCAGGAGACACGUUAACCAGGGAGGACCAGGAGAGAUGUUAACCAGUGAGGACCAGGAGACACGUUAACUAGGGAAGACCAGGAGACACGUUAACCAGUGAGGACCAGCAGACACAGAGCAGUGGGAUGUUCAGAGUCAAAUAAAGGUCACCUCUGUGUUCAGUCAUUUCAGAUGUUUCCCUCCUCCCAGUCAUAUAAUUCUAGUCAGAGUUACAGUAGUCAGAGUUACAGUAGUCAGAGUUACAGUAGUCAGAGUUACAGUAGUCAGAGUUACAGUAGUCAGAGUUACAGUAGUCAGAGUUACAGUAGUCAGAGGAUGUCUUAUAUCACACCCCAACACGGUACAGAUGGGUGGAGACAAAAUGUCAUAGAGAAGUAUUGUGAUGUCUGCUCACUACAUGCAGCUAAUUCCACCUCCAGGCACACAACAGGUGUCUGGAUAACCUCACUGCUACUGAUCAAUGGAAGAUCCUUACAGCAUCAAAACCAAGGACAACCCCAGGAUGGUAAUGUGAGCAAACAGACAAAUGUCACAGAGCCACAUGAAGGAAUAGUUCAGGGGGAAUCAGCAGAAAGCAGGUGGCUGUUCACAUGCAUUCAGGGCCUUCAUGUUAUUAAUGGUGUCUAGGUAUGUCCUGUCCAACCGUGCCUUGGCUGUCACCAGAGGAAGGGGAGACUGAGACUGGAUUAGUAUUCCACUGCAGGGCCCAGCUGGUGAUCUCUCAGUCAAAUGGGACGUCCAGAGACACUCCGUUACUCAGCCACCAGUCAGGCCCUGUCCCAUUGAUCCAGCCCCGCCGUCACAGCCAAUCAGAGCCAGAGACAAAGGAGGGAGGGAGGGCUGGAGGGGAGGUGGAGUGUAUGAUGUAUUCUAGACUGUGUUUGUGUUAGGUCUACCUGGCAGGCAGCAGGCUGUUGUCUGUGUGAGGCUGGGAGGUGAGUGAGGGUGUGGAGACGCAAUUACCUCUUGGUGUUAAUGCUUUCUAGUAAGAACUGGUAGCCUUCGCUCUCUGCCGUUUGGUGAGGAAAACAUACAGACAUACACACACACGCACACGCACACACAUUCCCAAUUUCAAUGUAUUACCUUGCUCCUACUAGACAGGGGACACCUCAUGUAAUGGCCUUGAGUGGAGAGUGAUGUGAGAAAUGUUUUAUAAAUUAAUUUGAAAUGAAUUAUGGAAUCUUCCUACUAUUUAAACUCAUCAGAGAAUACAUGCUCCAUUAAAAAGGAUGAUGAAGUACAUUGUUAAGCAAAUUAGAGUCAUUUAUUUUAUCUUGAGGAAGCAGUGAACUGUCGUUUUUUGGAAUGGCACAGGUGUAAAGGUUUUGUCCAGGAAGUAAAAACAAAAUUCCACUGUGUCUGAAAUAUAUUCAUGGUAAUACAAAGUGAUCCUUUCAACUGUGGAAUCUCAUAUAUUGUGUGACCAUUUUACAGAAUGAUUACGGUGUAAUAUUGAGGUUUUGCCCUCCCUUUAAUAUCUGCCACUCAACAGUAACGAUGUAUUGACGAUGAGGUAUUACACAAAUAUACUUCAACCAGCCACUUGUGUGCUUUUUGUGAGGUUUCCCAAGGCCUCUCUCGGGGUGUAUCCCAAAUAACAUCCUAUUCCCUAUAUAGUGCAUGGGCCCUGGUCAAAAGAAGUGCACCAUCUAGGCAAUAGGGUACCAUUUGGGACGCACCCUCGAUGUGAUUGGAAUAGGAUUUAAUCCAGCGGAUGCAUGUGUUAAGGUCCGCAUCAAUCUGUUAGACACCCUUCACACUUUUACUGAUUGGAGAUUUGUCCCGUGCUCUUGCCUCAGUUCCAUUUGAUUAAGCCUGAAGCCUGAAUCCCAGAGGCUGCAUACGGGAGGAAAUCUGAGGCUGGCAUUGGCUGAGGAGAUGGGUGGUGUUACCGGUCGGGUACUCGAUGAUGCCACAUCACCAGCUUUCACAAUAGUGUGUCCUCGCACGGCUACCAAGGACAAUUCUCUUGAAAGGUCACAUUUGACAAAUGUCUCAAAUGGAAAUGUGCCCCUGUACCUCACCGUGAAUAGUUUACAUGAGUGUAUGGUAAAUAUUAUCAGUAUAUCUGGUAUUACAAUAUUACUCUGGUCUCAUCAGUGGUCUACAGUAUGUGUAUGGUAGAUAUCAUCAGUAUAUCUGGUAUUACAAUAUUACUCUGGUCUCAUCAGUGGUCUACAGUAUGUGUAUGGUAGAUAUCAUCAGUAUAUCUGGUAUUACAAUAUUACUCUGGUCUCAUCAGUGGUCUACAGUAUGUGUAUGGGAGAUAUCAUCAGUAUAUCUGGUAUUACAAUAUUACUCUGGUCUCAUCAGUGGUCUACAGUAUGUGUAUGGUAGAUAUCAUCAGUAUAUCUGAUAUUACAAUAUUACUCUGGUCUCAUCAGUAGGCUAUAGCAGGGGUAUUCAGGUCUUACCCUACGAGGUCCGGAGCCUGCUGAUUUUCCGCUCUACCUAAUAAUGAAUUGCACACACCUGGUGUCCCAGGUCUAAAUCAGUCCCUGAUUCGAGGGGAACAAUGCAAUGGAACUGGCUUGGAGGUCCAGGGUAGAGUUUGAAGGGACUACAGUAUGUGUAUACAGGCCUUCUGACAGUGUUCCUCCUCGUCCUUCUCCUAUUCACUUACAUUUCACAGGAAGAAUUGUCAUUUCCUGCCCUAAACUGAACUCACAGGCUGGUUUGAAUUAUGCCUUCACCAAACAUAUUCCCUAUCUAGCUAUACCCAACAAUCUGCUAUCUUCUUUUUUUUCUUUUUUUUUGACUUUUACAUUCUGUUUGAAAUGAAAAGCACUAUAUAUAAUAAAUCUAUUAUUAUUAUUAUCUGCACUAUGCCUCCCAAGCCAAGUAGGCAGGCUGAGAGAAAGGCAUCAAACUAGACCUGGACCAGCAGUAUCUGAUAGUAGAGACACUGACCUUCUCUCGUCAUAUCAGAUGGGGUUUUUAUCUGCCAGACAAAAUGUCACAAUGCACUUUCAUCCUCAGCAGAAUCCAAUUGACACUGCCUCCCUCCUCCAUCACCUCCCUCCUCCAUCAGCCCCCUAUAUAAUACUGAAGCUGUCACUCAAGGAAGGAGAAGCAGAACAUUAACAUGUUAUUCAGACGUUUGGAAAAAAGAGAAAGAGUCAAAGUGGUUUGGAACUUGGAACUUUAAAGAGGAACUUUGAAUCGUCCAGACGCGUGCAGUGGCCAUUCUACUCUCUCAUUGGAAUGUGUCUGUAGCAAACGGAAAUAGACCUACUUAGUGUUUAGGUUUUAAUAUGCAUUGAAUGUAUUUGUGAGUGGCCAUUUUGCCCGUAGGCUUUGGGAGGACAAAUGAAUAAGGUCACGGUAAAAUGAAAGAGUCAAAAUGUUUCAUAAAGUUAUGGAAUCUGGUUGGAAAUACAGGGUUGGGUGAAAUGAUUUCCCACAAGGCACCAGGGAUUAGAGACUGGGUAAUAGACCAAGACAGACCGCUGCAUGUUAAAGGUAACAGUACAGCUAGAGGUGAGGACAGCCAAGGCCCUGCCAAAAGCUUUCAGUCAGAUGGAUGAGAUUGGAGUUCUCCAUCACACCUGGAAUGAAAAAAGAGAACUUUGCAUAAAAUGCUCAGGGAAAGAAAAUGAAGGCGUGGUGACUAAAGGAGAUCAUUGAGGUGAUUGUAUAACCAGUCACAUAAUGUGUAUGAAGCAGGGGAGAGUUUCUAUUUAGUAGUCCAUCUUAUCCUGUCUCCCCUACAUGGAUAACAGAUCCUGUAUGGAGAGAAAUAACAGGCCUGAGUGUGUGUGUGUGUGUGUGUGUGUGUGUGUGUGUGUUUUGGGGGGAGAAACAUUUAAUGACUGUAAAAACACCAGCAAAUCAGCUCCAAGUGAUUUUAAUUUUGGAAAUCUGUUCCAAAGUAUUCCAACGCAUAAUAGAGAGAUAUACAGUGAGGGAAAAAAGUAUUUGAUCCCCUGCUGAUUUUGUACGUUUGCCCACUGACAAAGACAUGAUCAGUCUAUAAUUUUAAUGGUAGGUUUAUUUGAACAGUGAGAGACAGAAUAACAACAACAAAAUCCAGAAAAAUGCAUGUAAAAAAUGUUAUAAGUUGAUUUGCAUUUUAAUGAGGGAAAUAAGUAUUUGACCCCUCUGCAAAACAUGACUUAGUACUUGGUGGCAAAAUCCUUGUUGGCAAUCACAGAGGUCAGACGUUUCUUGUAGUUGGCCACCAGGUUUGCACACAUCUCAGGAGGGAUUUUGUCCCACUCCUCUUUGCAGAUCUUCUCCAAGUCAUUAAGGUUUCGAGGCUGAUGUUUGGCAACUCGAACCUUCAGCUCCCUCCACAGAUUUUCUAUGGGAUUAAGGUCUGGAGACUGGCUAGGUCACUCCAGGACCUUAAUGUACUUCUUCUUGAGCCACUCCUUUGUUGCCUUGGUCGUGUGUUUUGGGUCAUUGUCAUGCUGGAAUACCCAUCCACGACCCAUUUUCAAUGCCCUGGCUGAGGGAAGGAGGUUCUCACCCAAGAUUUGACGGUACAUGGCCCCGUCCAUCGUCCCUUUGAUGCGGUGAAGUUGUCCUGUCCCCUUAGCAGAAAAACACCCCAAAAGCAUAAUGUUUCCACCUCCAUGUUUGAUGGUGGGGAUGGUGUUCUUGGGGUCAUAGGCAGCAUUCCUCCACGGCGAGUUGAGUUGAUGGCAAAGAGCUCGAUUUUGGUCUCAUCUGACCACAACACUUUCACCCAGUUCUCCUCUGAAUCAUUCAGAUGUUCAUUGGCAAACUUCAGACGGGCCUGUAUAUGUGCUUUCUUGAGCAGGGGUACCUUGCGGGCGCUGCAGGAUUUCAGUCCUUCACGGCGUAGUGUGUUACCAAUUGUUUUCUUGGUGACUAUGGUCCCAGCUGCCUUGAGAUCAUUGACAAGAUCCUCCCGUGUAGUUCUGGGCUGAUUCCUCACUGUUCUCAUGAUCAUUGCAACUCCACGAGGUGAGAUCUUGCAUGGAGCCCCAGGCCGAGGGAGAUUGACAGUUAUUUUGUGUUUCUUCCAUUUGCGAAUAAUCGCACCAACUGUUGUCACCUUCUCACCAAGCUGCUUGGCGAUGGUCUUGUAGCCCAUUCCAGCCUUGUGUAGGUCUAAAAUCUUGUCCCUGACAUCCUUGGAGAGCUAUUUGGUCUUGGCCAUGGUGGAGAGUUUGGAAUCUGAUUGAUUGAUUGCUUCUGUGGACAGGUGUCUUUUAUACAGGUAACAAACUGAGAUUUGGAGCACUCCCUUUAAGAGUGUGCUCCUAAUCUCAGCUCGUUACCUGUAUAAAAGACACCUGGGAGCCAGAAAUCUUUCUGAUUGAGAGGGGGUCAAAUACUUAUUUCCCUCAUUAAAAUGCAAAUCAAUUUAUAACAUUUUUGACAUGCGUUUUUCUGAAUUUUUUUGUUGUUAUUCUGUCUCUCACUGUUCAAAUGAACCUACCAUUAAAAUUAUAGACUGAUCAUGUCUUUGUCAGUGGGCAAACGUACAAAAUCAGCAGGGGAUCAAAUACUUUUUUUCCCUCACUGUAUGUGAUCAUAUACUGUACAAAUGUAAGCAAGGUUUGGAAUGAUGAAGUUUUAGUCAAAUAUUAUAUCUGUUCUGGCUUCUUGCGGUCAAUUUGCAGUCUACAAAUGAUUUGUAAUUAUGUUCCGGCCCCCUGACCAUCCACUCAAGAAAAAGUCGGCCCACGGCUGAAUCUAGUUGAUGAUACCUGGCAUAGAAGAUCAACAUGUGUCUCUCUAAUCUCGUAUUGAGACGUGCUAUCCGCAAGCAGCUGAGUAGGUAAACAUUUUGGGCCUUCUCUCCAGAGACAGAGGCUAAGUGGAGGCCUGUUGGCCUAAAGUGAGGUUUGGGUAGUGGGCAGUUAAUCACCUGGCCUCGCGUGCUGACAGAUGAGUUAUGGAGCAGGCCACAGGUAGGGCCUCAGUCCUCCCACCGCUCCGCACCGCCUCCCACCACAGCACGCCACGCCACCCUGACCUUCGCUUGGGUCAUAAAUAAUGCACUGGCCAUAAAAGACUGAUUAAGGGUAAUCUGUAGCCCUGGACUGUCUGGCCACUGGGUGCAGGUUGUUGUCAGCACUGAUUUGGCAGCUGCUAGCUGGCUGGUUGUCUGCCGAGCGCUGCGCCGGGCUGGGUUGGGCUGGACUGGCAUGCCUCAUGUUGGAGCCUGAUGUACCAACAAGGUCCAGCUAAAGGGCAUGGCCCGCUGUUCAUGGCACUGGUCUCACCCAUGUGUGAGAUUUUGAUGUAUCGUCUCUUUGAAUGUCCAUCUAUCCAGUUGAAUACAAGUGGAUGUGUUAAGGGUUGAAAGGAGUUUGACAAUUGUCCAAGUUAUCUUUUUUAUUGAGUGAGGUGGAUUUAUUGUAAACAUUUGUGAAAUUGUUUAUGCAUUAUUAUUACUUGAAGGUAUAUCUCUAAUGAGAAUCAACAAGUGUUCAAUUUCCUGCUCUAUUAAAGUAGAACUUGAAGAUCUUUUAAUUAAGGAUUCAGUCAUUAAUUAAUCCCACAGGUACCUUGCGAUCUGAGUAGAAUUAUUUCACAUUAAUUCUACAGCUUCGAGCUAUAAUAUCGCAGGGACAGAUACUAAGGUAAAGUAGAGGGAGUUAUGUUCCAUCUUUCUCUUCAACCAAAACAAGGGAGAUUAUGUCAUAAAUGAGGUUAGGAGAGAAUAAUUAAGUAGAUUUUUGCCAAGUUGGGCCCUUGGUAUCUAAUUUCAAUUACAAUAAUAUGUGAUUAAUCAUUUAUCAAGCUCCUGAAAUACUGGCCUUGUCCUAAAAAAUUAUGAAUUCAUUUUGACAUGAGAGCAAGCAAGAGCAGUGAAUUGUUUAUUGCCAAUAAUUCUGUUUUACGUUACACCCCAAAUAGGUAUUUUUGACAUGCUUGUAAAAAGUGGCUGUACUAUACUGACACAACAAUCACUCAUACAGGCAACAUUGUGUUGGUCAUUAUUUUAAUAAGAUGUUCAUAGUUGUCCUCCCAUCCAUUUCUCCUUCCCUGGUUUUGACUAGAUGGAAUACAGCUUUUGUCAGAUUGGACUUUUUGUAGCAGGUUAGGAGAAUUAGGUUAAGUUUAGGAAAAGGGUUAGCUAAAUUGCCCCAAAAAACUAAAACAACUUUUGACGUCAAUAUCACAAAAGCUUUAUCCCUUCUAGCCAUGACCUCCUUCCCUGUCGCAUAUUGCAACAGCCAUUUCUAUUAUGGAAACAAAUCCCCCAUUUACCCUCCGGCUCUCUGUGUGCAAACUGUCAGCCAAGGUGUUCUCCUCUCUAAUAUGAACUGCAUGGUAUCUGUCUGUCAUUGCCUUGACAUUGCACAGCAGCCUCUCGUCAGCUCCCAUUGACAUGCUGUCAUUGAUGCUGUGGUAUUACCUUGGUAUAACCAAUAUAUCCAAAAGUAUACUAAGCUGAGUACUUUAGUAUACACUAUGCCAGUGUUUCCCAACUCCGGGUACUCAAGGACCCCCACCAGUAGAUGUUUUUGUUGUGGCCCCAGACAAGCACACCUGAUUCUACUUGUCAACUAAUCAUCAAGCCCUUGGCAAGUUGAAUCAGGGCGUUUUUGUCUGGGGCUACAACAAAAAUGUAUGCUGUUGGGGGUACUGGAGGACUGGAGUUGGGAACCACUGCACUAUACAGUAGCCCAUACUUCCUGUCUAGUAGACAUGUUGUUAUGAAUAUACAGUAAUUGAUGUACAGUGGACUGAAAGCGGUAUGUUUGUCCUGGCCACAUUGUUCAUGAAUAUACAGUAUGGAUAGUGCUACUGACUGAAAACAAAGCGAUACUGUUCUCCAUCCUCCUGGCUCUCUUGCUUAAAAGGCAGUGUGACGGAUGUGAACCGUUGGAAAGACAUCGUAGGACAAAGUGUUGGCCCGGGCCAUCGAUCACGCAACAUCCAGGCUGACACUCUUCUCUCUCUCUCUCUCCCACCGGGCGAGUUUAUCAGCACUGCCCAGAAUAUUUAACAGGGGGAGCGGACCCGGGGGAUCUCAUUUGCACAGGUGUCCAUCUGGUGCAAGUUGUGUGGGAUAAUCUCCACAUCAUGUCGCAUUUGCAUCCUCCGCUUCAUAAAAUGGGCAGACUUAAUCGGACAGCCUGCAGUGCCCAGUAGAGGGUGUGUCUGACUAUGGACCGGCCGGCCUUUGCUUGCUAAUCUGCGAGGCUGCGCUAAUGCCGUGGCAAUUAUAAAAGGAUUUCACUUGUUUAUAAUUGUUUGUUGGUUCAGCCUCAAAUCUGUGUAACCAGCUUGCGCCCCUGAAAUUACCCAAUGAGGUUUUCCUAAAUGUUGUAAUUUGUUGAAAUCUGUAGACCAGAAGGAUUUGCUAGUAAGGGUCAAUUGAUACAGUGCUUACCCUCUUGAAGAACUAGGCUACACAGCUACUGAUGAUAGUCGUGAGUGGAGACAGUCCUAUUAACUACAGAUGCAUAGAGGGAUCAAAGGUCACAGUGAUUGAGCUCAUUGAUCAUAUUAGGCUGGCUUCUCCCUCCCACAUUGUAUGAAAUUCCCUGCACAUUCAAUACCUCUGUCCAUUGAUUCCAAAAAUCCAUGGAUCCUUGCCUAAGAAUCACUCAUCUGGAGUCAAAGGCCAACAUGAACUUGUUUACCUAGCCAUAAAAAAAACUCUACCAGCUGUAAUGACUGAUGUAUUACUAUGGCUGUGGAAGGGUAUAUUGUGAUCGACCCGAGCUCACUGCUCACUCAUGUGAGCAUGUUACUGGAGUUCUUGCUGGUGUGGGCCAAUAGUUAUUGAACAGUUGUACAGAUUCAACACAGAGUGAUUAUUAGACUGAGCACAGUGAAAUUGUACCACACAGUAUGGUGCCAUUGUGUUGUACCUGACUGUGUUGUCAGACCUGCCGUUUAUUUAUACCCUCACAGCUUUCUCAACUGUGGUACAGUCACAGUUGUAGUGAUUCUGGGCUGACAGGCUUUUCUCUAUCAGGUCUGACCAGUUACAGAACAUCAAUUCUGGCAAGUAAUUUUCUGCUAGCUUGCGCUGUAUCUGCAUAACGCGUCGAAACAAAAGGCUCACUCAAUCUUCACUGCUGUUGACUUUCAGAACUGCCGUUGUGCAUUAGCCCUCAUCUCCCUUCCACCUCCAUUUUCACCACCUUUCUUUUGUCUUUGCCAUUGAUGGUUUGUGAUAGCCAGAUUCAUCUCUCCCGCAUCGUUCACACUCCUCCUGGAUGGGUGAGAAAACACAAUAGAUCUCUGUAUGAAUUUGUAACGUUCCGGACAACCAGCCACAGAUUUUUACAUUGACGAGAGAGUAGAAUGUCAAACUUUCCCAUAUUCUCCCUCCAAACCAGAUGCCUCACUGUAUCUGAGUGUCCAAUGGGUUUAGAUCAAAGGGCUGACUCUAAAAGCUUAAUGAGUUAAGAUUGUAUUAAUCCGUUAGAAAAGUAUCUGCAUUUACUUUCCAAAUGUAUACUGAACAAAAAUAUAAAAGAUUUUACUGAGUUGCAGUAUAUAUAAGGAAAUCAGUCAAUUGAAAUAUAUUCAUUUGGCCCUAAUCUAUGGAUUUCACAUGACUGGGCAGGGUUCAGCCAUAGGCCCACCCACUGGGGAGCCAGGUCCAGCCAAUCAGAAUGUGUUUUUCCACACAAAAGGGCUUUAAUACAGACAGAAAUACUCCUCAGUUUCAUCAAAUGUAUCAAUACUAGUCAACAUAUAGUGAUAGGGGCGUGAGAGGACAAUGUUAUACGAAAAUGAUUAAACUUAUUGAUUUGUUCACUUGUGUUUUGCAGGAAUUCCACAUAUUGUAUGAAAGUGUCCAUGUCACUGACAGUGGCGGAGAACGACACUGACCUCUGCUACAACUCCAAAAUGAGGUACUUCGAGAAGGCAGAGUUAAGUAAAAGUAAGGAGAUCACCUGUCCGGACAUUGAGGAUUAUGUACAGCCGGGGAAGGAGCCAGAGAUAGUCUGGUACAAGGUAAGAGUCCACUAUAAAAUAUGUCUGUAACUUAAUUCAGAUUGACUGCCAUAGGGGCAGUUUCAAGGACACAAAUUAAGCCUAGCUCUUGACUCUAAAGUGUUUUCAAAAUCAGGUUCUCCACUGAGCCUGCUUUUUAGUCCAAGAUUAGGCCACGUAUGUGUCUAGUAAACCCCUGCUGUGUUAUUUUAUCAAAUGUGCUACAUAUAUUUAUCAGUGUAUAAUCAGAACUUUAUGAUCAUGGAAAUGUAGUGAAAAAAUGUGCGAGAUUAUGUUUAUUUUAUUAUUUUAAAUGAUUAUUUUAGUCUUUAUUAAAGCAUACAUAUUGUAGCAGUGUAUGUGCUUGCUUGAUGACAGUUGGUAGAUGUAUCCACCCAUGACUCACAGCCACUCUGCACAGCACCCCCUGAGAUGUCAUUUGUUUUUCAUGAGACUCAAACCGUCUGGGGAAAGGGGGCCACAGCCCACGUUCAUGAUAUAAACAGUCUAAAAGAUGAAACAAUGAACUCUUUCUUUUCUUCCCCCCACCCAAACGACUGGAGGGGGUCCUCAGAGUCAGAAGUCUGGCUAUCUGAGUCGACCAGUGGCCCUCGCCGGCCCCCGCCGCCUGCCCACAGUGUAACAGCAGACGGACAGAGUAGCCGACGGAGGCCAAGGGCCAAUUCAUCAAAACUAGAUGAGUGUCGGUUUAGAUGGCCACAGUGCUUCUUCAGUUUCCCAGUGAAUCAAAUUAAAACAUGGAUAAUGACUGUGGCCCCAGAAUAUCCUAGUCAUUUUCUCUGUCUCUGGAAGCGAAGCUGAUUGAAUUCUGGGAGGCCAGCGUGCGCAGGUGGAACCAACCCACGGUGUUCCAGUUUUCCUGCCGUGGGGGAAUGAGUUAGUGUGGCAUGAGUUCCCUUUUUCGUCCUCUGGGUUCACUCUCACUAAAAUGAACUAGGUUGCUCUUCUAGUGGGAACUUAGAGAUUUAAUGUUGUAUAAUAGAUCACACUCAUCUCGCCAAAAAAAUAGGAACUCAGUACAACAACACUAAAUACAAGAUGAGAAUGCAUUUGUGAUCAAACAGAUGUUUGAAGUUUGCAACGGUUCGAUGCAUUUCCUCAGGCGUCCAUUUUUUCUACAUGUCUAUAUUGUAUGUUGUAAAAAGUGUAAUCUAAGUCCAACUGUAUACUCCUUGUCUGUUUCGUCAUGUUGUUUUACAUUCAUAUGCCUUCUCUCUAUUUGAAUCGAAGGAAUGCAAGCCAAAGCAGUGGAGACAAAGCAUUGUAAGGAGAAGAGAUACUCUCUCUAUCCGGGAGGUGCGUGAAGAUGACAUUGGAAAUUACACGUGUGAAUUACAGUUUGGGAGCUUCGUGGUGAGAAGAACUACAGAACUAUCUGUUACAGGUAAGAAAAACUCCUUUGCAGGUCACAUGUGCUCAGUGCUGGGCCAUUGGUGAUAACUUGCAUUGUGUUUUUAUUGGCAUUGAUGAAUGUUCAUGUUGUUUUGUCUGUCAGCGAGGCAGCGUUCAUUCUUUGUGGGAGAGCGGAUUUAAUAAUCAUUGCUAUUGUGCAGCUGUGUCGGGGUCUUCGUCUAUUAUGGGGAUGGCUACAAUAGCUGUUUGUAUAUUAGCUACAGAUCUUCUGCUUGGCUGAAAUGAAGAAGAAGAAAAAACCCAGAUAUCUGAGGUGUACAUUCAGCGAGAAAAUAUUGAUGAGAUUAUGUUACAGCAGACAUCUCAUUAGAAAUAUGUCAGAAUGCUGACAUGUAUCCAUAGUAGUUAUAUGUAUAAUGGUACAACUGGCUGCCUUAAUUGCUAAGUAGUGGAAUUUGCACAGAGCCACUUCAGCACUUUUUCUGAACUAAGACUGUUGAAAUAUUAAAGCUUGAACUUAAAGUUCCUUAUCUUUAGAGCGAGGGGUGUGACAGAAUAGAGAUCGCUCGCCACUGCCACCGCCACUGCUAAGGUUGAUGUGCAGUAACAACUUGGACAGUCUUGAUGGAAAACCUAUAGUACCGGUACAUUCAAUCAAUGACACAAUGAUUACAAAAAGAUCUACUCUACUUAGUCUUGCCCUCAUGGCUGAACUCUAAAAAGAAAACACCAGAGAAAACCACUGUAGCAAGAUAUAUUAAGAGCUGUUACAUUUCAAUGCAUCAAACCCAUCGCCCAUAGUGGUCUGGAGGUCAAGCAAACUAUUUGCAGUUUACGGCGAUCUGAUUACAGUUUAUUAUCCCCUAAAGAGACAAAGGCAGACUCCAUAGAACCAAUUUCACUCAUCAAUCAUGUUCCCCGCUGCCUCAGACGGUCCUUGUCCUCCGGGACGAUUCCCCUCCCCUCGCACAGAGACACAUUUAGCAUUUUUGGAUGAGGGAUAGUUCACCCAAAUUAGAAAAUGGCACAUUGGUUUCCUGUCCCUAUAAGCAGUCUAUGGACAAGGUAUGUCAGCAAUCCAUGCUUUGGUUGAGUUUCCCUAGGACUGUUUUCUACAUGCUAACCUUUUAACAUGAUGCACGAAACAUUUUAAUAUCAGUCCCAUGACUUGAAUGGGAUUUGUGCCACAAAUGCUAAAACAUUAGCAUGUGGAAAGGGAAAAUAACCAAAGCAUAGAUUGCUGUCAUACCUUGUCCAUAGAAUGCUUACAGGGAAAGGAAACCAAUAUGUCAUUUCGUAAUUUGGGAGAACUCUCUCUUUAAGCGAGAAAACAUCCUGCUUUAGUGUUUGCAAAUGUUUUAUCUGACUGAAAUCAGGAGGGAAUCUGAGGACCUUCUCUGUUUCUAUCUAUCUAUCUAUCUAUCUAUCUAUCUAUCUAUCUAUCUAUCUAUCUAUCUAUCUAUCUAUCUAUCUAUCUAUCUAUCUAUCUAUCUAUCUGUCUGUCUGUCUGUCUGUCUGUCUGUCUGUCUGUCUGUCUGUCUGUCUGUCUGUCUGUCUGUCUGUCUGUCUGUCUGUCUGUCUGUCUGUCUGUCUGUCUGUCUGUCUGUCUGUCUGUCUGUAUGUAUGUCUGUCUGUCUGUCUGUCUGUCUGUCUGUCUGUAUCUAUCUAGUGAAUAAUAAUUACACGCUUCUACCCACAUAUGGAGGGCAGAGGAAAGAACAUGGCCCACCUACUCAUAUCAUGUACGGUACAUGUACAUAGACAUACAUGCAUACAUCAUUACUUCCUGUAAUAGAGACAUACCCUGAGUGUACAAAACAUUAGGAACACCUGCUCUUUCCAUGACAUAGACUGACCAGGUCAAUCCAGGUGAAAGCUAUGAUCCCUUAUUGAUGUCACUUGUUAAAUCCACUUCAAUCAGUGUAGGUGAAGGAGAGGAGACAGGUUAAAUAAGUAUUUUUAAGCCUUGAGACAUGGAUUGUGGAUGUGUGCCAUUCAGAGGGUGAAUGGGCAAGACAAAAGAUUUAAGUGCCUUUGAACAGGUAGUAGGUGCCAGGCACACCGGUUCGAGUGUGUGAAGAACUGCAAUGCUUCUGGGUUUUUCAACGCUCAACAGUUUCCCGUGUGUAUCAAGAAUGGUCCACUACCCAAAGGACAUCCAGCCAACUUGAUACAAGCAUGGGAAGCGUUGGAAUGCUUUUGACACCUUCUAGAGUCCAUGCCCGGACGAAUUGAGGCUGUUCUGAGGGCAAAAGGGGGUGCAACUCAAUAUUAGGAAGGUGUUCCUAAUGUGUUGUUCAUUCAGUGUAUGUACUGUAGGUAGCACAUUCCCCCUACAUACAGUCCUUGGAGCAAUAUAACCUUUAAAUGACACAUAGGACAUUAGUUUAGACACAUACAUCCAUUAGACCUUUCAUUUCAAUAACAGAACAUUGAAUGACAACAAACCCAUUGGCUAUUUCAUAAAAGACCAGUCUCACCAGUUCUACAUAUAAACAAGGCUAUUUCCUCUAACGGGGGGCUAUGUUGCCGUGAUGUUGUUGUGUCGUUGUAGUUAAGUUGGCACCGGCGUUCACAUAGUGCUCAUGUGUUUGUAAAACCAAUCAGAUUUGCCUGAUUAAUAUGCAGCCGUAAUCAUAACAACUCUUUCCUCCACUAUGCUGUACAGUACAUCUCACAGUAUCCUACAGGGAAGCCACGACCCUGGUCCAUACAUUGUAUAACAUAUAAUGUUGUAUAGUCUGUAUCAAUACAGUACAAAACAAUAUGUUAUGUUAUGUAGUUGUUGUUGCGUAACUGGUGUAAAUGGAGAUAUCUUCUGUUAUGACUAUUAUGACUCAACGGCUGCCACUGUUCCUCCUUCCUAGCUUGGCCAGGUGGUUGGUGGACUGUUCCUCCUUCCUAGCUUGGCCAGGUGGUUGGUGGACUGUUCCUCCUUCCUAGCUUGGCCAGGUGGUUGGUGGACUGUUCCUCCUUCCUAGCUUGGCCAGGUGGUUGGUGGACUGUUCCUCCUUCCUAGCUUGGCCAGGUGGUUGGUGGACUGUUCCUCCUUCCUAGCUUGGCCAGGUGGUUGGUGGACUGUUCCUCCUUCCUAGCUUGGCCAGGUGGUUGGUGGACUGUUCCUCCUUCCUAGCUUGGCCAGGUGGUUGGUGGACUGUUCCUCCUUCCUAGCUUGGCCAGGUGGUUGGUGGACUGUUCCUCCUUCCUAGCUUGGCCAGGUGGUUGGUGGACUGUUCCUCCUUCCUAGCUUGGCCAGGUGGUUGGUGGACUGUUCCUGGUAAAAGAAAGGGAAAUGAAUUGAUAUUACAUAAAACAGUCACAUCAAAUGUUUUUUGAUCAUGUUUUUAAUGAUUCACCCGCACAUGAUUGUGUCAGACAGACUGUGAGAUAUCAUAUUGAGAUGAGACUGUAAUAUCUACAGUCUAUAUUUAUAGGCCUACAUCUUGUAUAAUGUACCUCUAAUACAAGUAUCUCAUUAAUUCUCACACAGAGUGUAAAUGUAAUUUCUUUCAUUUCCAUUCCUCUUGGUCUAUAAUGAUCAGACUUCUGCAGUUCAUUUCUUCUAUCCUCCCCAACCUUUGUGUCUGUUCUUUGUAUCAAUGGUCAACUGGCCUGUUAUAGCAGGAGAAGAGUAUGAAAGAUCAAGUUCCAUUGUCUUGAGGACCUCUUUAAAGAUAAUGAUGUCUUCAGCCAUUAGUGGAACUAUUAAAAAUAUACAUUAUUCCUAAAUGAAAUUUGGGAUUUUAUGAUUGUUUUACAAGGUAAAGCCAUUUGAUCCGGUGGAUUGAAAACUGCACAAUAAAGAGUGGAUAAUUAUCUGCCUACUCAAUGGGCUGUUAUAGUGUCUUCUUGUGCUGCACGGAGGGAAACGAACGGUCUGCAUGUUUAGCUAAUGACUUGGGACCGAUGGCGGUGGUGAUCUUGCUUUUUAUUUUACAAUAAAGCGAUGCUAAUACUAGGCCUACCGUUGACAAGUUAAAAGGUUCUCCACUUACAGUAGAGAAGCAUGACAAUUCCCCAAAUGCCCCAGGUUAAAGGAAACCGACUAGAAAUCCUAGUUUAGAAUGCCUAUCUCCUCCCUUGGAUGUUCCAGUUGAUUUAACAGCUGAGCGCCCAAUCAGUUCCUUCAACAAAAAAAGUGUAGUCCUAGGUCCAGAGAUAGCACCAUAUCUAAAUAUCCUUAUCCUAUCCUACAGACUCCUGCAUCAUUUCUAUAUUAUACAUACUAUACCUCUGCAAGGAUUUCCCACAGCAAGUAAAAACAGGAAUGUGUGGAUCUAUAGCUCUGGAACUCUGCUGUAUGGUUCCAUUCCCCUGGCUGCUCUCUCAGUGGAUGCUUCCCAAAUACAACCCUAUUCCCUAUAUAGUGCACUACUUUUGACCAGGGCCCAUAGGGCAUACAAUUUGGGAUGCAGCCAGUGACUAGGCUCUGCUGAAUGGGCAACCAUUACAGAACAGAGGUCUCUCCUCUUGUCUUGGCUCUGUGAAGUUGACUCAUUAGCAUAUGAAGGAGGGUGAUUCAUAAUGGCCCUUCUAAUUGAUAGAGUAUAAUUAGACUUUCCGAAGCAGCACGAGGAAAAGGAACCUGAAGAAUUUGGCUGCAGGAGAAAUGAUUUCCCUUUGUGAGAAAAUGUUUGAUAUGUUAGUACUUUUCCCCUUAUUUAAAGGUGGUAGAUAAGUGCUACAGUGAGGGAAAAAAGUAUUUGAUCCCCUGCUGAUUUUGUACAUUUGCACACUGACAAGGAAAUGAUCAGUCUAUAGUUUUAAUGGUAGGUUUAUUUGAACAGUGAGAGACAGAAUAACAACAAAAAAAUCCAGAAAAACGCAUGUCAAAAAUGUUAUAAAUUGAUUUGCAUUUUAAUGAGGGAAAUAAGUAUUUGACCCCUCUGCAAAACAUGACUUAGUACUUGGUGGCAAAACCCUUCUUGGCAAUCACAGAGGUCAGACGUUUCUUGUAGUUGGCCACCAGGUUUGCACACAUCUCAGGAGGGAUUUUGUCCCACUCCUCUUUGCAGAUCUUCUCCAAGUCAUUAAGGUUUCGAGCCUGACGUUUGGCAACUCAAACCUUCAGCUCCCUCCACAGAUUUUCUAUGGGAUUAAGGUCUGGAGACUGGCUAGGCCACUCCAGGACCUUAAUGUGCUUCUUCUUGAGCCACUCCUUUGUUGUCUUAGCCGUGUGUUUUGGGUCAUUGUCAUGCUGGAACACCCAUCCACAACCCAUUUUCAAUGCCCUGGCUGAGGGAAGGAGGUUCUCACCCAAGAUUUGACGGUACAUGGCCCCGUCCAUCAUCCCUUUGAUGCGGUGAGGUUGUCCUGUCACCUUAGCAGAAAAACACCCCCAAAGCAUAAUGUUUCAACCUCCAUGUUUGACGGUGGGGAUGGUGUUCUUGGGGUCAUAGGGAGCAUUCCUCCUCCUCCAAACACGGCGAGUUGAGUUGAUGCCAAAGAGCUCAAUUUUGGUCUCUGAUCACAACACUUUCACCAAGUUCUCCUCUGAAUCAUUCAGAUGUUCAUUGGCAAACUUCAGACGGGCCUAUAUAUGUGCUUUCUUGAGCAGGGGGACCUUGCGGGCGCUGCAGGAUUUCAGUCCUUCACGGCGUAGUGUGUUACCAAUUGUUUUCUUGGUGACUAUGGUCCCAGCUGCCUUGAGAUCAUUGACAAGAUCCUCCCGUGUAGUUCUGGGCUGAUUCCUCACCGUUCUCAUGAUCAUUGCAACUCCAUGAGGUGAGAUCUUGCAUGGAGCCCCAGACCGAGGGAGAUUGACAGUUAUUUUGUGUUUCUUCCAUUUGCGAAUAAUCGCACCAACUGUUGUCACCUUCUCACCAAGCUGCUUGGCGAUGGUCUUGUAGCCCAUUCCAGCCUUGUGUAGGUCUACAAUCUUGUCCCUGACAUCCUUGGAGAGCUCUUUGGUCUUGGCCAUGGUGGAGAGUUUGGAAUCUGAUUGAUUGAUUGCUUCUGUGGACAGGUGUCUUUUAUACAAGUAACAAGCUGAGAUUAGUAGAACUCCCUUUAAGAGUGUGCUCCUAAUCUCAGCUCGUUACCUGUAUAAAAGACACCUGGGAGCCAGAAAUCUUUCUGAUUGAGAGGGGGUCAAAUACUUAUUUCCCUCAUUAAAAUGCAAUUGAUAACAUUUUUGACAUGCGUUUUUCUGGAUUUUUUUGUUGUUAUUCUGUCUCUCACUGUUCAAAUAAACCUACCAUUAAAAUUAAAGACUGAUCAUGUCUUUGUCAGUGGGCAAACGUACAAAAUCAGCAGGGGAUCAAAUACUUUUCCCCCUUAUUUAAAGGUGGUAGAUAAGUGUUAUAUGUUAGUACUUUUCCCCUUAUUUGAAGGAGGUAAAUGUUAAGGGUUGACAAUAGCCGAGAAGCAAAAUAAAUGUGUGUGUGUGUGUGAGAGAGUUCACUUUGCAAGUCAGAGGGUAGAUCAAGGAAGGUAUUAUCUCUAAAGCCAGAAUGAUUCUAUUUUAUUAUCUGACACUUUUAAUCCAGUCCAUCAGCGAGACACUGGAUCAUCAGAGCUGCCAUAGAUGUGAUGUAGCAAUACCAUUACAUCACAUGAUCAGAACAAGCAGAAGAAAAGUGCCAUGGGCCCUAAAAUGUUCCCCCUCACAGAACAGAACAGCACAGAACAGCACAGCACAGAACAGCACAGAACAGCACACAGCUCAGCGGAACUUUCAGCACCUGUCACUUAUCUUCCCGUAGUCCUGGCAACAUAGUAACCGAAUCUGCCAUUUGAUUGGGCUGAAUUGGUACGCUUUACUUUUUUCUGUGAUAUUCCAUGUAAUGAUAGAGGUGGAGGGAGAAGGAUAAGGGUGGGUGGGUGAAGUAAGGGGGGGGGGGAUGGAAGGAUGGCGAGAUGGAGGGGUGGAAAGAGCAUACUUGUCUUAAGCACUCAGCUUCAAGUGCACUGCUUCUCAGAGGAAGAGAGGGUUCUUACCCGUGAUGGAUGGCUGUGCGAUCAAUUACAGUGAUUUGUCAUGUGCAGCCGGCACUCAUUUUCAUAAAGGCAUUACUGGACUGUAUGUGACAGAGGGGAAAUGGACCCGUGGCUUGCUUUCUCAAACAUCUCCUUGAUUGGUUUACGCUGACGUGCUGCGAAUGGAGACUUGGCCUGAGAGAACCCUUUCAAUCUCUCUAUAUUCUGUAGACCCCUACUUAUUCCUCUAGAAGAUCUCUUCUCUCCUCUCUUCACCUGUGGAUUUAUUUUCACCAUCACUUACAGACAAAUGGCCAAUAUAUCGUUAGUAUUACCAUUCACUCACAUGAUGUCAAGUCAUGCACUCUUUUACAUUCACUACAACAGAUGGCUCAUAGUCACUUUCCAUUCAUACAAAGAAGCUCAUAUAUCAGUUCAUUUACAUUCAUACAGACAGAAUGGCUCAAUAUAUCAGUUCAUAUUUACCAUUCACUACAGACAGAAUGGCUCACUAAGUCAGUUCAUAUUUACCAUUCACUACAGACAGAAUGGCUCAAUAUAUCAGUUCAUAUUUACCAUUCACUACAGACAGAAUGGCUCAAUAUAUCAGUUCAUAUUUACCAUUCACUACAGACAGAAUGGCUCAAUAUAUCACUUCAUAUUUACCAUUCACUACAGACAGAAUGGCUCAAUAUAUCAGUUCAUAUUUACCAUUCACUACAGACAGAAUGGCUCAAUAUAUCAGUUCAUAUUUACCAUUCACUACAGACAGAAUGGCUCGAUAUAUCAGUUCAUAUUUACCAUUCACUACAGACAGAAUGGCUCAAUAUAUCAGUUCAUAUUUACCAUUCACUACAGACAGAAUGGCUCACUAAGUCACUUCAUAUUUACCAUUCACUACAGACAGAAUGGCUCGAUAUAUCAGUUCAUAUUUACCAUUCACUACAGACAGAAUGGCUCGAUAUAUCAGUUCAUAUUUACCAUUCACUACAGACAGAAUGGCUCAAUAUAUCAGUUCAUAUUUACCAUUCACUACAGACAGAAUGGCUCGAUAUAUCAGUUCAUAUUUACCAUUCACUACAGACAGAAUGGCUCACUAAGUCAGUUCAUAUUUACCAUUCACUACAGACAGAAUGGCUCACUAAGUCAGUUCAUAUUAACCAUUCACUACAGACAGAAUGGCUCACUAAGUCACUUCAUAUUUACCAUUCACUACAGACAGAAUGGCUCGAUAUAUCAGUUCAUAUUUACCAUUCACUACAGACAGAAUGGCUCACUAAGUCAGUUCAUAUUAACCAUUCACUACAGACAGAAUGGCUCACUAAGUCAGUUCAUAUUAACCAUUCACUACAGACAGACAUAUUUAAUCAGACAUGUUGGUACUAGAUAAUGUCAUCUAGCUAGCUUCCAAAGCUGUGUUUUUUUUAAAAUAUAUAUAUCUGUACCAUUAGCUGUUCCUGUAUGGUGAUGAGGUGGCACAUUCUGGGUCCAUGCUGCACUGUUUUAAAUAAAUGAGCCUCUAUCUCCUGGGGAUGACGCUGCAACUAUAUGUAAGGGACAUGGCCGACACUGGGAGAGAUCUACACCCAUUUUUUACAUUUUUACAUUAUAUAUAGAUAUCAUUAGCCUUUCUUUAAAGUCUCACAGCCUCCUUCUCACAAAUAAUCCCCAAAAUAUAAAAAUUAAAUAAAGUUGGUUCAACACAGUGGCGGGUCAUUUUGACCCUAAGACAACGGGAGGGUUAAUGACAUACAGUCACACAGCCAAUCAGUCUGGAUGUAGAGAUUAAUCUUGGUCGCGUCUGAAGUGGCACCCUAUUCCCUAUUUAUACAACGGGUGGGACUAAUCCUGGAUGCUGAUUGGUUAAAACCACAUUCCAGCCGGUGUCUAUUCCACAAGUUACCACCGGCUAAAUCUAUGACGUUGAAAUGUCUAUUUAAUCUGUUCCAUCUGACUGCGCACUCCACUGUCUCAUCAGCCCAGCCAGGCAAUUUAUAAACAUGAUCUCCACUAUAAAAGGCAUCUAAACAUUAUCUCCCAUUUCUUUUAGACUAACAUUUGGUUUUCAACAGCGGAGAUUUGUAUAAACCUUGCUGUCUGUCUCUCCGACAUUUGCAAAAAAAUUGAAUAUUGAACUUUGAUCUCCAGCUGUCCCAUAGUAAUGAACGUGUCGGGAGUCAGGACGAGACAGACAGACAGGCAGACAGCUUUUCUCAGCCAGUCGAAAUCAUGAAUUAGCUGGCAUCAUUUGUAUGGAUAUAUACAAAGAAAUAUCAAUAGAAAACAGGUAAAACGAAACGAAAUGCAGCUAGAUUGCAGUCUUUCCAGCUUCAGUUUCAAGUGAUUGUGUUAGCUGUGUUGUUGGCUAGCUCCUCUGAACAAAAGUGUCCUGACGAGAGGGCACAUUUUCUAUGCCAGGCAAAAACGGCAUCAUUAGCUCAUUGUCAUGGAUGUAUACAAAUAAAUGUCGCUAAAAACAGCUUAAUCAAAUGCAAAUACAGCUACUUUGCUGUUAUUCUGGCUUCACUGUUGGACGGGACUGUAAGUUAGCUGUAGUUGGCUAGCUAGCUAGCAAGCAAGGGAUAAGAACGUUGCCAGCCAGUACGGCAAUGGAACAUUUAGAAUGAACGACUGGGUCGCUUCUCUAGCAACCAAACCGAUAGAACGAACGACCAGCCGGCUUGGGUAGCAACCUUAGAUUUGUGUCGGGACUAUAUCUCGUGGAAGGAUGAAAUGGUAUGAAUAAAUUCAUAAAAAUAAAUGUUUUUAUGAAAAUAUGUCAAUCGUUAUUUGAAUAUGUUGAUAACCCGUUGUGAUAAAGUGAUAAUGCCCUCGAAGCCUAGAUCCAAAAUGGCACCCAAUUUCCUACAAAAUGGCAGCCUAUAUCCUAUAUAGUGCCCGAGAAGCCGGUGUUUGGAGGAUAAAUUGGCACGCUUUGCAGGCCCUUGACUUGCAGGCAUCUUGUGCCAAUAUAUCCUCCAAACACCGGCUUCUCGGGCACUAUGUAGGAAAUAGGGUGCCAUUUUGUAGGAAAUAGGGUGCCAUUUUGGAUCUAGGCCAGGCUUCAUAAGAGUGGAAGCCACGUAGUAAUGAAGUAGUUUUGAUUUGCGGUGACCUGGUUUGCUCUGUUUCUCUGAGGUUUGAGGACACAUGAGCAUUAUUAUGUCUCGGCCCAUCCUGUUGUACUGCAGAUCUGAAAGGUACUCUAUUGAUGUGUUGUCUUAUGAAAACGUUGCUGCUGUUGUGGUUCUUUCUGAUUUCCCGGUAUGUUUCAAUUGCAAGGCAGUUGCUUUUUAUGCAUUCUGUUGAAAAUUACAUGGUACCUGGACGAAGUGUUCAUGCACUGUCGAUGUGAAAGGAAACUGAGAAAAUAAGUUAUUCAAGCCCACUCGAGUGUAAAUUGCAUAUAUUUAUCUAGAAUUAUGUUAACAAUUACAAGGUCAGGUGGAUGUGUGUUGUGAGUGUGGCAGUGGCGCCAUACAGAACUGAACUAACUACCCUGUUGUGUCUUAUUACAGUCUUUUAAUGGCAUCAAUGUUCACACCUCUAGCCCUCUCAGCUUCCUUUAAACAGUCCAUCACUCUUCCCAUAUCAUACAAACACACACACAUACACACACAAACACAUACACACACAUGUACACGCAUACACACACACGUACACGCAUACACACACGUACACACACACACACACACACACACGCAUUCUUUAUUACUGAGUCAUUAACCUGAUGAUGGGGCUGAUGGUGGUACUGAGUUGUCAUGGAGACACCUGGCCCUCAUCCUCCGUACUGACCCCUCGUUCAGACAGGUGUGAUUCAAAUACCUACAGGUGCACAUAGACUAGACAGCCUAGCCAUCAAUGUAGAGCGCUUUAUUAUACUCUCUUGUACACGUUUCUAUGAUUUUCCAGGUGUCAUCAGUUUCCCAGGUAACAAGCCUGUACUGUGGUUGAUUCAAGCGGCCUGUCUAGAAUGUGAUAUUUUAUGGACUGUUUUUUUCUCUGUGCUAAAAUGUCAGCUCCUUUUCCCUUCAGUCACUUCUCUGCUGGUCUUACCCAGUGGUUUUCAAGACCUGGAAAUUAUAUUUUCCAACAUAAAAUAUAAAAGUAAAGAUGCUUGUUUAGCAAGAUAAGGGAUUUCCAGAAAAACUAAAAGUGUUUUAAGUUGCUAAAACGCUCAUUUAGAAAUAAGAGGCUCAAGCAGUUAUCCGUUUCUGAUGUAUUUUGGGGUAUUUAUUUAUUCAUACUAACGAGUUGUGAAAGUAAACAAUGACAGAAGAUAAUAUUGUUUUGUCUCCGUAUUGUCUACAAUCAUAACCCACAUACAUGUCAAAUAGCUCAGAAAGACACACACACACACACACACAAAAUUCAGUCCCAUUAAAAAUCAGAUUUUUCCUAACCCCUAACCCUAAACCUAAUCCUAACCCUAACUCUAACCCUAACUUUAACCCUAACCCUAACCCUAAACCUAACCCUAGCUCCUAACCCUAACCCUAAAAUUAAUCCUAGCGCCUAACCCUAACCCUAAAACUAAUUCUAACCCUAACACUAAUUCUAACCUUAACCCUAAACCCCCUAGAAAUAGCAUUUGACCUUGUGGGGACUAACAAAAUGUCUCCAGUUGGUCAAAUAUUUGUUAGUUUACUAUUCUUGUGGGGACUUCUGGUCCCCAUAAGUAUAGUUAAACACAUCCACCCUCACACACACCCUCACACACCCUCACACACACACACACACACACACAAACAAACACACACACAUACUACAUGUUCUUCAGCAAUCCUUGCCGUUAUUGUGCAGUAGUGAUUGAAGUGUAGCAGUGUUGAGUAUAUCCGGCAUGAUAUACUAAAACACCUGAUGGCUGUCAGUCCUAUCGUCUUUCUGCUGAGAUGUUUUCUCGAAACACUGUGUGGAAUGGAACAGAAUAGAAUGGAGUGACAUGUACUGCAGGAAGGACCAGAGUUGAUCCUGACUGUAGGAGUAGAGCGCUCAUAGACAUGCAUAAUGAUGCUGACAAGUGUCAUGCCCGUGGAAACUGUCGUCGCGGGUACAGCACAGAGCUAUUCCACUGUACUCAACUCAAAGCCCUAAAUGUUGUUGCCAGGUUGGGGGGAAAGCCUAGCGACUGUGUGUGUGUCUGUGUGUUUUUGUAAGUGUGUGUGCUUGUGUGUACAUGCAACGUUUUCCUCAGUGAGCCAAUGAAACCAGUCAGUUUUCUGAACGUUGGUCUGCUUCCUUAGAGAAUGAAGACUGCAGCACCACACUAGUAAUAAUUUCCUUUAGUGGUAAUCCCUGGGCCUUUAGACUGUCAGCCCAGACACUGAAGCGCUUCAAGUGAGGAAAGAGCCUUAAUUAUAAAUACAACAGGAAGCUAUUUGAUAUGUUCCUCCUCAUUUGGCAGCUUUUUAGGCUUUUGAUGUAAUGAAUAUUGUCAUUGAGGUAAAUGACAUAAUGGGAACAUGACUCGGUGGUCUGUCUGUAAUAUUGUCAUUGGUGUAAGUUACAUAAUGGGAACAUGACUCGGUGGUCUGUCUGUAAUAUUGUCAUUGGUGUAAGUUACAUAAUGGGAACAUGACUCGGUGGUCUGUCUGUAAUAUUGUCAUUGGUGUAAGUUACAUAAUGGGAACAUGACUCGGUGGUCUGUCUGUAAUAUUGUCAUUGGUGUAAGUUACAUAAUGGGAACAUGACUCGGUGGUCUCUGUAAUAUUGUCAUUGGUGUAAGUUACAUAAUGGGAACAUGACUCGUUGGUCUGUCUGUAAGAGCUGUGGUAGCAGUUUUCCAUUAUACUGACUUCUGGUUUCCUCUGUAGCUAAAUUCAAGGAGCAAUAACCUUACCCCUAACAUUAACCAUAAACUAUAACCCUUAGUCUAUCAUUUUCUAAUCUUAACAACUUCUUCUAGGUUAGCAAAUGUUGCUACAGCAACAAUGAGCCAAUGCAAUUCAAGCUAGGGCACAAUGUGGGUACUGCCACCGUCUCUUAUGACCGGAAAGAGCUUCUGGAUAUCAGAACAGCGAUUACUUACCUCGAACUGGACAAAGAUUUCUUCAUUAAUGAGUUGGAUACAAAGGAUUUACUGCUGACACCGGACCAGGCCCAAAUCCCCGUCAUUUGCAUGAAGAAGAGACGCCGAUACAGGGGACGCAGGUCCAGUUUCCUUGUGAGAAUUAGUCGGCGAGUGGCAAGACAGAACAGCUGCCUCCGGUAAGACAAGGGGUGGUGGUCUGUGUCUAUUUGUCAAUAACAGCUGGUGCGCAAAAUCGAAUAUUAAUGAAGACUCAAUGUUUUGCUCACCUGAAGUAGAGUAUCUCAUGAUAAGCUGUAGACCACACUAUUUACCAAGAGAGUUUACCACCACAAACCGAUGCUGGCACUAAGACCGCACUCAAUGAGCUGUAUAAGGCCAUAAGCAAACAAGACAAUGCUCAUCCUGGCAUAGUGGCCAUACUUUAAUGCAGGGAAACUUAAAUCAGUUUUACCUAAUUUCUACCAGCAUGUUACAUGUGCAACCAGAGGGAAAAAAACUCUAGACCACCUUUACUCCACACACAGAGACGCGCACAAAGCUCUCCCUCGCCCUCCAUUUGGCAAAUCUGACCAUAAUUCUAUCCUCUUGAUUCCUUUUUACAAGCAAAAACUAAAGCAGGAAGUACCAGUGACUCGCUCAGUACGGAAGUGGUCAGAUGACGCAGAUGCUAAGCUACAGGACUGUUUUGCGAGCACAGACUGGAAUAUGUUCCGGGAUUCAUCCGAUGGUAUUGAGGAGUAUACCACAUCAGUCACCGGCUUCAUCAAUAAGUGCAUCGAUGACGUUGUCCCCACAGUGACCGUACGUACAUACCCCAACCAGAAGCCAUGGAUUACAGGCAACAUCCACACUGAGUUAAAGGGUAGCGCUUUCAAGGAGCGGGACUCUAACCUGGACGCUUAUAAGAAAUCCCGCUAUGCACUCCGACGAACCAUCAAACAGGCAAAGCAUCAAUACAGGACUAAGAUUGAAUCCUACUACACCGGCUCCGACGCUCGUCGGAUGUGGCAGGGCUUACAAACUAUUACGGACUACAAAGGGAAGCCCAGCCGCAAGCUGCCCAGUGACACGAGCCUACCAGACGAGCUAAAUUACUUCAAUGAGCACUUCGAGGCAUGCAACACUGAAACAUGCAUGAGAGCACCAGCUGUUCCAGACGACUGUGUGAUCAUGCUCUCCGUAGCCGAUGUGAGUAAGACCUUUAAACAGGUAAACAUUCACAAGGCUGCAGGGCCAGACGGAUUACCAGGACGUGUACACCAAGCAUGCGCUGACCAACUGGCAAAUGCCUGUCCCUGACCGAGUCUGUAAUACCUACAUGUUUCAAGCAGACCACCAUAGUCCCUGUGCCCAAGAACAUCAAUGUAACCUGCCUAAAUGACUACCGACCCGUAGCACUCACGUCUGUAACCAUGAAGUGCUUUGAAAGGCUGGUCAUGGCUCACAUCAAUACCAUCAUCCCAGAAAUCCUAGACCCACUCGAAUUUGCAUACCGCCCCAAAAAGAUCCACAGAUGAUGCAACUCUGUUGCAACCCACACUGCCCUUUCCCACUGGACAAAUGAACACCUUAUGAAAUUUCAUUACAGCUAUUCAUUGUCACUACAGCUACAGAUGCGAACUCACGGGGGGGUUCUCUCUCUGAGGCCACACCACACACACACACACACACACACACACACACAUCAUCACUGAUAACACACACACACACACAUCAUCAUCACUGUUAAACACACACACACACACACACACAAAUCCCCUCUCUUUAGGCUGAACAUUUGAAGACAGAGAACCCGACUCAGAGCCAAUGCAACAGUGGAGGGGACCUCGCCCAACUCAUCAGGACCAAUCAGAAGAUCAGAACUACUAGAUUCAACCUACAUCAUUUAUUGUAUAAAAUGUCUGCACACAAUGUUUUCGGGGCUCUCUUCAGAUAGCUCCCUAAGAGUUUGACGAACGAGUCCGUGCACGCGAUUCCAGAUAUCUUUACCUCUGAAUAAACUGCCUUUAUUAUACCAUAUCCACCCUGUCCAAAGUCUCUACUUGGUCUCAGUUCUCCAGUAAACUUGUGAUUAUCAACAGUACACAACGGUAACAAACAAUUGGGGGAACUCACGGGGCAGAUAGUAAGGUCGCAGUGACACAGAAAGCAGUUCAAUGUCGGGGGUACAGAGUCGCUCUCUUACCAGAGUCGCUCUCUUAGCCUCCUGAGUGGCACAGUGGUCUAAGGCGCCGCAUCGCAGUGAUAACUGUGCCACUAGAGAUCCUGGUUCGAAUCCAGGCUCUGUCGCAGCCGGCCGCGACCGGGAGACUCAUGGGCGGCGCACAAUUGGCCCAGCGUCGUCCAGGGUAGGGGAGGGAAUGGCCGGCAGGGAUGUAGCUCAGUUGAUAGAGCAUGGCGUUUGCAACGCCAGGGUUGUGGGUUCGAUUCCCAUGGGGGGCCAGUAUAAAAAAAUAAAAAAUAAAAAUAAAAAAUUGUAUUCACUAACUGUAAGUCGCUCUGGAUAAGAGCGUCUGCUAAAUGACUAAAAUGUAAUGUAAAUGUUACCAGGAUCGCGGUCCGCUCUGACCAGGGUGAAGCCGGCCGGCUCCACUUCUCUGUCCGGGACUCUGUCAUCCAGCCAAGUCUCCCAGCUGUAUUGGAUUCCGCUGCCAGCAGCGUUUUCAUUAUUUAGUCCGUUCGUAGCGGGUAUGUACACGAUCAACAAGAUCAGUCCAAAACCCACCACUGGAAAUCCAUGGUUGGCAGAAUGUUUGUAAACUAAGUCUACAAAUUAAAAACAUAAAAUAACGCCACUAAGUGUACAAAUUAAAAACAUAAGAUAACGCCACACUGCAGGUCGCAACAGAGACGCUGCUAGCCGCUAUUUUCUUAGUUACGUUCAUGGUUACGUCACGUAUGACGAAAGCGCGUAAGUGCAAGCCCACAGACACCCAUAGAGAAUGUAUUGAAAGCUUUGAAAUUUGAAAAAAAUAGAUUUUACAUGACAGGCUAUGAGAGACUUCUGGGCGAUUUUCAACCUGACUGAAAUCGCCCCAAAAACGGGCGGGGCCAUUUGAAGCACGACUUUAGCCUGAUUUGACAUUUAGUGGCAGUCAGAUCAGAUUACAACACUGAUAACUACUGUUGCCGUGAUAUAAUUGAUUAGAAAAAAAAUCCCUUCCUUUUCCCGUUUGGCAGUGCGUCGCCCAUAUCGCCCUAUUGAACAGGCCGUCCCUGAACCUGCCUCUACCAUCCAUCCUAUAGGCCAACGUGCAAUCCUUGGAGAAUAAACUGGAUGAGCUCCGUUCAAGACUAUCCUACCAACGGGACAUUAAAAACUGUAAUAUCUUUUGUUUCACCGGGUUGGGUACAGUUGGCUGGGUUUUCCGUGCAUCGGCAAGACAGAACAGCUGCCUCCGGUAAGACAAGGGGUGGUGGUCUUUGUCUAUUUGUCAAUAACAGCUGGUGCGCAAAAUCGAAUAUUAAUGAAGUCUCAAUGUUUUGCUCGCCUGAAGUAGAGUAUCUCAUGAUAAGCUGUAGACCACACUAUUUACCAAGAGAGUUUUCAUCUAUAUUUUUCGUAGCUGUCUAUUUACCACCACAAACCGAUGCUGGCACUAAGACCGCACUCAAUGAGCUGUAUAAGGCCAUAAGCAAACAAGACAAUGCUCAUCCUGAGGCGGCGCUCCUAGUGGCCGUACUUUAAUGCAGGGAAACUUAAAUCAGUUUUACCUAAUUUCUACCAGCAUGUUACAUGUGCAACCAGAGGCAAAAAAACUCUAGACCACCUUUACUCCACACACAGAGACGCGCACAAAGCUCUCCCUCGCCCUCCAUUUGGCAAAUCUGACCAUAAUUCUAUCCUCUUGAUUCCUUUUUACAAGCAAAAACUAAAGCAGGAAGUACCAGUGACUCGCUCAGUACGGAAGUGGUCAGAUGACGCAGAUGCUAAGCUACAGGACUGUUUUGCGAGCACAGACUGGAAUAUUUUCCGGGAUUCAUCCGAUGGCAUUGAGGAGUAUACCACAUCAGUCACCGGCUUCAUCAAUAAGUGCAUCGAUGACGUUGUCCCCACAGUGACCGUACGUACAUACCCCAACCAGAAGCCAUGGAUUACAGGCAACAUCCGCACUGAGUUAAAGGGUAGAGCUUUCAAGGUGCGGGACUCUAACAUGGACGCUUAUAAGAAAUCCCGCUAUGCCCUCCGACGAACCAUCAAACAGGCAAAGCAUCAAUACAGGACUAAGAUUGAAUCCUACUACACCGGCUCCGACGCUCGUCGGAUGUGGCAGGGCUUGCAAACUAUUACGGACUACAAAGGGAAGCCCAGCCGCAAGCUGCCCAGUGACACGAGCCUACCAGACGAGCUAAAUUACUUCAAUGCGCGCUUCGAGGCAUGCAACACUGAAGCAUGCAUGACAGCACCAGCUGUUCCAGACGACUGUGUGAUCAUGCUCUCCGUAGCCAAUGUGAGUAAGACCUUUAAACAGGUAAACAUUCACAAGGCCGCAGGGCCAGACGGAUUACCAGGACGUGUACACCGAGCAUGCGCUGACCAACUGGCAAAUGCCUGUCCCUGACCGAGUCUGUAAUACCUACAUGUUUCAAGCAGACCACCAUAGUCCCUGUGCCCAAGAACACCAAUGUAACCUGCCUAAAUGACUACCGACCCGUAGCACUCACGUCUGUAACCAUGAAGUGCUUUGAAAGGCUGGUCAUGGCUCACAUCAAUACCAUCAUCCCAGAAAUCCUAGACCCACUCGAAUUUGCAUACCGCCCCAAAAAAGAUCCACAGAUGAUGCAAUCUCUGUUGCACCCACACUGCCCUUUCCCACCUGGACAAAAGGAACACCUAUAUGAGAAUGCUAUUCAUUGUCUACAGCUCAGUGUUCAACACCAUAGUGCCCUCAAAGCUCAUCACUAAGCUAAGGAUCCUGGGACUAAACACUUCCCUCUGCAACUGGAUCCUGGAUUUCCUGACGGGCCGCCCCCAGGUGGUAAGCGUAGGUAACAACACAUCUGUCACGCUGAUCCUCAACACGGGGGCCCCUCAGGGGUGCGUGCUUAGUCCCCUCCUGUACUCCAUGUUCACCCAUGACUGCGUGGCCAAGCACGACUCCAACACCAUCAUUAAGUUUGCCGAUGACACAACGGUGGUAGGCCUGAUCACCAUCAACAAUGAGACAGCCUAUAGGGUGGAGAUCAGAGACCUGGCAGUGUGGGGCCAGGACAAAAACCUCUCCUUUAACGUGAUCAAGACAAAGGAGAUGUUCGUGGACCACAGGAAAAGGAAGGCCAAGCACGCCCCCAUUCUCAUCGGCAGGGCUGUAGUGGAGCAGGUUGAGAGCUUCAAGUUCCUUGGUGUCCACAUCACCAACAAACUAUCAUGGUCCAAACACACCAAGACAGUCAUGAAGAGGGCACGACAACGCCUAUUCCCCCUCAGGAGAAAAUAUUUGGCAUGGGUCCUCAGAUCCUCAAAAAGUUAUACAGCUGCACCAUCGAGAGCAUCCUGACUGGUUGCAUCACCGCCUGGUAUGGCAACUGCUCGGCCUCCGACCACAAGGUGCUACAGAGGGUAGUGCGUAUGGCCCAGUACAUCACUGGGGCCAAGCUUCCUUCCAUCCAGGACCUCUAUCCAGGCGGUGUCAGAGGAAGGCCCUAAAAAUUGCCAAAAACUCCAGCCACCCUACUCAUAGACUGUUCUCUCUGCUAUCGCACGGCAAGCGGUACUGGAGCGCCAAGUCUAGGUCCAAAAGGCUUCUUAACAGCUUCUACCCCCAAGCCAUAAGACAGCUGAACAGCUAAUCAAAUGGCUACCCGGACUAUUUGCAUUGUUACCCCCCCCCCCCCCCCCCCCCCCCCCUCUACUCUCUGUUUAUUAUCUAUGCAUGGUCACUUUAACUCUACCUACAUGUACAUAUUACCUCAAUUACCUCGACUAACCUGUACCUCUGCACAUUGACUCAGUACCGGUACCCCCAGUAUAUAGCCUCGUUAUUGUUAUUUUAUUGUUGCUCUUUUAUUUUUUUUUACUUUUGUUUAUUUAGUAAAUAUUUUCUUAACUCUUUUUUUUCUUAAAACUGCAUUGUUGGUUAAGGGCUUGUAAGUAAGUAUUUCACGGUAAGGUAUACACCUAUUGUAUUCGGCGCAUGUUACAAAUAAAAUUUGAUUUGAUUUGAUUUGAAAACACAGAAUCAUCUGUGAUCAUAGCCACAUUCUCAUCUCUGUGUUAGGCUUUCUUCAUAUCUCCUAUUAGAUAUUUGUCAAUUAGUAAAGUGUUACUUAUAAAUGUUCUCCUGACUCCGCGGUGUACAUCUGGGAUCUCUCAUUAAGAUGACGUGUCACAUAAUUAAUGCCUCUGCUUGCCAAAUUAACACUCAAUUAGUGACAUCGCAGACGAAAUGUGAAAAGUGGUGUUAAUGGAUGGAUAGGAAUCACAAACACUUUCGUCGGAGUGAGGAAAGAAAGUGAGACUAUUUUGUAUCUUCCUGGUUUCCAGUCUUUUGACUCAUCUAGGGAAAGUUUUAUACAGGCAACCUACACAGUUUGACAUACUCUCUGCAUUCUAUUUAAAUCAACUUGUCAACUAAUUAUCAAGCCCUCAAUGAGCUUAAUGAGGUGUGUUUGUCCAGGGCUACAACAAAAAUGUGUGCUGUUGGCGGUACUGGAGGACCAGGGUGGGAAACACUGCUGUAUAUCAUUUGACUGAGUGUGGUGGUAAACAUAUUAACUAGGCCUGUGUUUCUAUGGUAAUCCUCAAGUAGAAACAUGUCUGUGUUUUUUCUCUCCUUACAUUAUGUUUGACAGUUUGAGAGUGAAUGUCUUGACAAGGACAAGGACACUUCAACGGCAUGUCAAUCCUUCCCCAGGUCCUCCUAAAGCGAUAAGAAGCUAGCGAUGACGGUGGAUGGGGCUAUUGCAUAAUUUAUAGCUUGUAGAAAUCCAUUUGUGGCAUAAAUGACUUUGAUGUUAAUUAGUUGUAGAUUGGGUGUCCUACAAAAGGUGCAUUCAGUAAGCACUAUCUGUUCUGAGGAGAGAAGCUGGCUGCAACUCAGACAGAAAUAGCUCAAGCAGUGAUGUUUUAAAUGACAUUUCAUAGAAAAAACACAUCCCUAUACAGUGCAUUCGGAAAGUAUUCAGACCCCUUGACUUUUUCCACAUUUUGUUACGUUACAGCCUUAUUCUAAAACGGAUUAAAUUGUUUUUUUCCCUCAUCAAUCUACACACAAUACCCCAUAAUGACAAAGAAAAACAGGUUUUUAGAAAUGUUUGCAAAUUUAUAAAAAAUAAAAAACUGAAAUAUCACAUUUACAUUAGUAUUCAGACCCUUUACUCAGUACUUUGUUGAAGCGCCUUUGCCAGCGAUUACAGCCUCCAGUCUUCUUGGGUAUGACGCUACAAGCUUGGCACACCUGUAUUUGGGGAGUUUCUCCCAUUAUUCUCUGCAGAUCCUCUCAAGCUCUGUCAGGUUGGAUGGGGAGCGUCGCUGCACAGCUAUUUUCAGGUCUCUCCAGAGAUGUUCGAUCGGGUUCAAGUCCGUGCUCUGGCUGGGCCACUCAAGGACAUUCAGAGACUUGUCCCGAAGCCACUCCUGUGUUGUCUUGGCUGUGUGCUUAGGGUCGUUGUCCUGUUGGAAGGUGAACCUUCACCCCAGUCUGAGGUCCUGAGCACUCUGGAGCAGGUUUUCAUCAAGGAUCUCUCUGUACUUUGCUCCGUUCAUCUUUCCUUUGAUCCUGACUAGUCUCCCAGUCUCUGCCGCUGAAAAAACAUCCCCAAACUUCUUCCAUUUAAGAAUGAUGGAGGCCAUUGUGUUCUUGGGGACCUUCAAUGCUGCAGACAUUUUUUGGUACCCUUCCCCAGAUCUGUGCCUCGACACAAUCCUGUCUCUGAGCUCUACGGACAAUUCCUUCGACCUCAUGGCUUGGUUUCAUGCACUGUCAACUGUGGGACCUUAUAUAGACAGUGUGUGUGCCUUUCCAAAUCAUGUCCAAUCAAUUGAAUUUACCACAGGUGGACUCCAAUCAAGUUGUAGAAACAUCUCAAGGAUGCUCAAUGGAAACAGGAUGCACCUGAGCUCAAUUUCGAUUCUCAUAGCAAAGGGUCUGAAUACUUAUGUAAAUAAGGUAUUUCAGUUUUUUGUUUGUAAUACAUUGGCAACAUUUUCUAAAAACCUGUUUUCGCUUUGUCAUUAUGGGGUAUUGUGUAUAGAUUGAUGAGGAAAAUAAACAAUUUAAUCAUUUUUAGAAUAAGGCUGUAACGUAACAAAAUGUGGAUAAAGGGAAUGGGUCUGAAUAGAUUCUGAAUACACUGUAUAUCGAGAUUUGGAAGGGGACCAACAAAAGAGAACGUCAUAAACUCCAGUGGUUUGUAUCUGGCUGUGCCAUUGUUCCCUCUACUGGUGAACUUGGGAAGUGUGAACGUUGAGAGGGAAAAUAACAUGUUCCCAGGCGAUUAAUGUGAUGCUGCAUUAGUGUCCCCUCCCCCCAACCUCUCUCACCCACUCUCCCUCCCUCCCUCUCUCUCUCUCUCUCGCUCUCUCACCCACUCUCCCUCUCUCUCUCUCUCACACCCACUCACCCUCCCUCUCUCUCUCUCUGUCUCUCUCCCCAACUCUCCCACUCUCUCUCUCUCUAACUCUCCCUCUCUUACACACAAACACACACACACACCCGUCUACCCUCGGUCAGAGGGAUAGUUUACCAUUUCUUAGUUCAGUUCCGUGUAAUGGAAAUUGAUUGUGCUGCUUCCAGCCUUCUCUGUCAUGACAAGUUAUUUUAGUGGCACUAAAGGAGGCUUAUGCGCAAGUUUAACAGGAGAACAAAACAGUGACUCCGGGCGUAUUUUCAACAUAGCAAAGCUCUGGUUUAUUUAUGAAAUGCCAACGUUACAGCCAGAGAAAGAAAGAACUCUAGCAUGGGACAGUAGUCGUUUUUUUCUUCUCCUUCUCCUUUCACUAAAGCUAGGCCUUUACAGUGUUGAGUAAUUGCUUUUUAGUUUCACACAGGCGCUGCCCGUCGCCCGUCACAUGGCGCUCUAGGUGAACGGCUCUCCAGGCUAUUUGAAGUUAUAAUUGCCGGCUUGAUUUGUGGUCUUCCAGGGUCAUGGUUCCAGCCAGUUGUACCAUGACAGCACUACAGCCCCCAAUAAAGAGAACAAGCGAAGGGCAUUUCCCCCAUCGCAAACUGAUCAGCUUUUAUCCAAUCCUGCGGGAAUGGGAUUUACUAAGGGGAAGUAAAUCAAUUGCUUAUUUGGUUUACACCCGUGUAGUGUACGUUUCACCGUACGGGUUAGUACAGGAAAAACACAGUAGUUCUCUCGACCAAACAGAAAUGUAAUACGUUUCCAGUCCAAUUUUUCAUCAACUCGACUGCUUCGAAGGUAAACAAAAUGAACUAAUCUCUCGCUCAACUGACAUUUUGCUGUAUGUGGAGCUGUAGUGCAGUGUUCAGGUGUAAACUGCAUUAGGGCUUCAGCUGAGGGUCUUCUGAGGGUCUUCUGUGGGUCUUCUGAGGGUCUUCUGCGUUCAUUAUCCCCUGAAGGGUGUGUUAGUCUCAUUUGAUGGGAUUUGGUUGUUGUUCCCACUGGCAAGGAUCUACAUUAGCUGUUGACUGUAUCUCUGGCCUUAUCAUAAACUCUCCAUUCUUCCUUUGUAGUGUCUAUCUGUCCAUCUUCCUCUUUCACCUCUCUCACUUUCUCUCCUCCUUCCUCUCCCUCUCCCUCUCACUCUCCAAGUCUCUCUCUCAUUCUCUGUGUCAGUCUCUCUCUCUCUCUCUCUCUCUCUCUCUCUCUCUCUCUCUCUCUCUCUCUCUCUCUCUCUCUCUCUCUCUCUCUCUCUCUCUCUCUCUCUCUCUCUCUCUCUCUCUCUCUCUCUCUCUCUCUCUCUCUCUCUCUGACAAAACCGCCCACUGCGCCAUCAUUAUUAUGAGAGAUGGGAAAUGAACAAAGCCCAUAGGUGGUGUGGAUGAAUUAUAGCUAGCCUGGUCGCUGGAGCUGUUCACGAGGGAGGCGAGAGCAGGGGGUUGUCUUAACGCUGAUGAAGGUGUCAGGGGGUGUCAGGGCCGGCUGUGGGCCCUCUCACACCCCCUGCUGCGCCCAAGCCUGUGUGACUGACCGUUGGGUGCUGGGAGCAGCGGGCACAGCAGCACGCCUCAUCACACGGGUCACC